CGUGCGUAAAGGUUUUCUUGUGCAGGAGUCAUAGCACUUGUUCAGUAACUGUUGUCAUUGUUAAAUUAGAGUAUACAUGUACAAUGUGCUAAUAUCAGGAUAUCACGUAAAUACUGUUUGAGUCGAUAAACCGAAAGCCUAAUUUUGGCACUCCAAUUUGCGCAACAUAAGGAGGCAUUUGGGAAGAAUCAAUGUUGCACUUUUGUUUGCGCUUCUAAAGUUUGGGCAUGUCGUCGAACACCUUUUGGUGGAUAGGAGCAUGCUCGUUGGUCAGAGAGACAUCUCAUUUGCAUGAAGUCAGGGUUUUAACGGAGCGCUUUUGCGCACCUUGGACACACCGACUGGAGAGCAGAGAGUGAACAACCGCAACAAAAAAUCGGGUUUAAAUGGUUUGUCACUAGCUGCACGGAUUUACUUAAUAUCUUAAUCUGAGAUGGAGAUGAAAAAUUUUCUCCUGGGUUUUAGUUUAGUUCUGAUCCAUUCCGCAUGGACGGUAAGAGGCACAACAACGAAGUAUUACACGUACGAAGAAGACGCACCAGGAACCUUCAUUGGAAACCUUUCAACGGAUCUGAAGCUCGACCUGUCUGAAGAUCCGCACACCAGAUUCAGGUUCAUGCAGGAGGCGAACGCAUCACUAAUCCGCCUGCGCCAAAGCGACGGGCUGCUCACGGUGGGAGAGCGCAUAGACCGCGAGAACCUGUGCGGCUCCUCCGCGCAAUGCGUGCUCACGGCGGACGUGGUGGUUUUCUCCAAGGAAAAAUUCCAUUUGAUCCACGUCGAGAUCCACGUGAGGGACAUUAACGAUCACGCGCCGGUGUUCCCACGCGGAGAGACCAGGCUCGAGAUUUCCGAGAACACGGACGUGGACGCGCGUUUUCCCAUCGAAGUCGCCGCCGACCUGGACGUAGGAAACAAUUACAUCCAAACCUAUCAGUUGAUUAACAGCAGUCAUUUCGGCAUUGAGGUGGGAACCGGUGAAGAUGGCAAGAAGUUUGCUCAGCUCGUGCUUGCGCAGAAGCUUGAUCGUGAGCUUGAAGAUAUCUACACACUUCAAGUGGUUGCGAGCGACGGUGGAAGUCCACCCAAGUCUGGAUCAAUAACUGUGCGCGUAAAAGUUUUGGACUCGAACGACAACAGUCCGCAGUUCGAGCACGACACGAUCAGAGUCGAGCUGCACGAGGACGCGCCUGUCGGUUUCCUGCUGCUCCGGGUUCAAGCCUUGGACCCUGAUCACGGUGAAAACGGGGACGUGCGCUACGAUCUCGCGGACGGCGAAUCCAACGAGAUCACAAGCACAUUCGAGGUUGAUCCCUAUUCCGGAGCGUUGAGCUUGAGGUCCUCGGUCGACUACGAGACGAAGAAAACUUACGAGCUGCGCAUCAGGGCAUACGAUCUGGGUUCCGACUCGGUGCCUUCGACCUGCACGGUCACGGUGGAGAUCGUAGACGUGAACGACAACGCGCCAGAGGUCACGAUCAAGCCGAUGGCCCCGAGGAGCGCGGAUGUGGCGUACAUCACGGAAGCGGCUGCGGUGGACAGUUUCGUCGCGCUCGUGAGCGCCACGGAUCGAGACUCGGGCGCAAACGGGUACGUGCGCGUCGGCCUGCACGGGCACGCGCACUUCCGACUCCAGCAGGCGUACGGAGACACGCUCAUGAUCGUCACCACGGCUGCGCUGGACCGCGAGAAGAUGCCCGAGUACAACCUCACCGUCGUAGCAGAAGAUCUCGGCUCGCCGCCGUUCAAAACCUUCACCCAGUACACGAUCCGAGUGAGUGAUGAGAAUGACAAUGUUCCGUCCUUCAGCAAGGCCGUCUUCGAAGUUUCAGUGAUGGAGAACAAAGCACCAGGAUCCUACGUGGCUUCUCUGGUAGCUCGAGACCCUGAUGAAGGAGACAACGGCAAGGUGACUUAUACGCUUCUCGAGAACGAGAUUGAAGGUGUUCCUGUGAGUUCUUUCAUCUCAAUAGACUCAGAUUCUGGGACUCUGUACACAAUGAGGCCUCUGGACCAUGAGUAUGUCAAGCAGAUCGAAGUGGCCAUCCAAGCAACAGAUGGUGGUUCCCCUCCACUCUCCAGCACAGCGCUGGUCAAGGUCAGGGUUGUGGAUGAGAACGACAACACACCCUUCUUUGUUCACCCCAUGCUGGUCAAUGGUUCAGCAGACACUUUACCAUGCAACGCUCCUGCUGGUUACAUGGCUCUGAAACUAGAAGGACUUGAUAAUGAUGAUGCAAUGAACGCUGAGCUCUCCUACAGCAUUUUGGAGGACGAGGCUCUCCUGUUUGUUGUGAAUCAAAAUACAGGUGAGAUGGCACUAAAGCAUGACCUGGCACUGGUAUUUGGAGACACACUGCAUGUCAAAGUGGCAGUAAGCGACCGUGGCAGAACACCUCUUUCCCACACAGCCUCAAUCCACUUUGUGGUUUCGGAAGCCAUGCCGUUAGAAGAGCAAGUGGUGGUAGUUCUUGAGGCGAGUCAAAAACAGACCACGCCUGAUUUUGAUGUUUCCUUCAUAAUCAUCGGGCUUCUGGUUGCCGCAUGUGCCGUAUUGCUGGUCGCCAUCGUGGCUGUCGCUCUCUCACGCUGGAACUGCCACAGGGAUGUCAACUCGAUCAGCAAAAUAUCUGGGGGGAACUUCAGAAAAACUCAAUUACCAACACACAGCAUUGACUCCUCGGAUUCCAGCAGCCUCUCCGGAGGUAGUGUAACAGUCACCGAACAAAUCUCCUCUUCAAGGGAUGAAUCAUCUUUCACUUAUGAAGAUGAACAAAGCAGAGAUUCUGACAGUAAGAUUUUCCGACCUCUUCUCAAUAAAGGGCAUUUUGAGCCGGUUGCCCUUUGGCAAGGGGAACGAUAUACACUUCAGAUGAGUGAAAUCGGAUCUGUUGAUCAGUCGAGCAUUAAGGACAGUGGGAAAGGAGACAGUGACUCGAAUGACAGCGACUCUGAUAGUGGAAAAGCCAUUAGGAAAAUUGCUCCCGUUGCACAUCAGCAAGCUAGCGGUUCCUUGUACACUGGACCAAUGGAUAGAGCCAGAGUAUGCAGACCUAGAGAGAUUCCAACACACACUACAAGCACCCAUGUGGGCAACAGUGGGUACACUGUAGCAUAUCGGACUCUGGGACACGGCCACCAUCCAGCUGCCACCAAUCAAGGACCACCCUUCAGAGACUACAUUUGUAAUACAGUCUUUAAUCAAACAAAGCCCCUGUCUUUCACAGGAUGGGGACACAACCCUCCUAUUACUAUCAGCAUCAUAUCCCGAGACAGUUAAUAGACAAACAAGCUGCAUCACCCAGAGAGCCAAGUGCAGACAUUUUCAGCAUGACUGUUGCGUCUUUUUAAAAAAGAAAAACGUAAUGGUUUCAUCACAGACCAUGGACUUUACAUUCUGUUAUUAACAUUUAUGUUUCAUCAUUCCUGUUUUUUUUUCUUUCGUAUUCCUGUAUCGUCCGCUUAAUUUCUGCUCUUUAUUUGUACAUCGUUGUAGUAAGGUCAACACAGUAACUCAUUUGAUGUAGAUUGUCAUAGCUUCAUUAGUCUUAUCUUUUAUUUAUGAAAAUAACAUGUAAAUAGCUGUAAGUAAAAUAUAUCAUAUUUAUUGAAACCUUGUGUAUAUUUCUAAUGUU